AUGAUGCCAUUGUUGGCAACUGGCUUGGAUGUUUGCAGACGACUGUCAUUGACCAUACUCCAGUAUACUAUCAGUGUACUCCAACUUGCUCCUCAACACAAUGCCGUUGCCACAUUUACAGUAUGUGGAGUGCAUGGCCUUUGGCAGCAGGUGAUAAUGUCACGAGUGCUGGCCGAAUGCCAAAAAGCAUCACUUCCUGAACUCUGCUGGUUUUGCCUUUCCGAAAAUGAAGCUGCGAUGUCCUUCUACCAGAGGAUGGGGUUCAAGCCAACACCUGCCACGGUGUGGAACUAUCCAGGGAUGUAUGAGGCUGCUUGA